UAUAGUCAAUCUUUGAGAGAGAAACUAGUGAGAUAAAAGAGAAACAAGCGCUCGCUCGCUCACUUAGGUCCUUUUAAUUUUUCUUCAUUGCCUUGUUCAUCGCCAUCAUUAGCAACAAAGGUAACAGAACCUCCACCUUGUGCAAGUUUGAUUUUUUCUUCAUAUUUCAACUACCCAAGAAACAGCUGCUUCAAUUCGCAGAGAUAAAGCUAAUAUACUACACAUUUACUACGCCUCUCCUUUUCCUCCUUUUCUUGGGCUUCAGAUCUUGUUUUUUUUUUUUUUAUCUACAAUUCUGUGAAUUCCGAGAUGGGUUCUUCUCUGAUUAGCUCGGAAAGCAAGAAACCGUGAUCUGACACGGUUUUCCAACCAGAUUUGAGCUUUCACCUUGAUUUUCUGAUCUGGGUCUUCUUCUCUUUUCCUUGUGGUCCUCUGUUUGAUUACCCUUUGGCUUUUUUUUUAGCAUUGUUGCUCUGAUCUGUGUUUUCCUUUUGCAAAUUGUAAUUCUAAUUCAAUGGAGGAAGGUCGAGGAGGAUUAAAGCACGUAUGCAAGUUCUGCAGCAAGCGCUUCCCCUGUGGUAGAUCAUUGGGCGGUCACAUGAGGUCUCAUUUGACCAUUAAUUCGACAGAAACAGAGGAAAAACUGAGCAAAAUAAAAGUCUCCUCUUUCAACAAUGGUAGAAACCAGACUAAUGCUGAGAUGGGUUUGGAAGCUGGGAUUUACACUGGUUAUGGCCUUAGAGAGAACCCCAAGAAGACUAGGAGGCUUGCUGAUUCAAGCGAAGAGACUUCGCUCUAUGAAAAGUUAUGCAAAGAAUGUGGUAAGAAGUUUCUUUCUUGGAAAGCUCUGUUUGGUCACAUGAAAUGUCACUCAGAGAAAGAAAAAGGUUGUAUUAGCUUGGAGGAUCAAGACUCGUGGAUCAGUGCUAGCCACAAGCUCGUCAUGGACAGCCAAUCCGACAAUGAAUCCGACAAUCCAAGUCGGAGGAGGAGAUCGGAAAGAAGAACAAGGUACAUGGCAACUGCAACCUCUUCUUCUUUCUCUAUAGCCAAUGGUAAUUCCUCCUCUGUUUCUGAUAUUGAGCAAGAACAAGAAGAGGUUGCUAUGUGCUUGAUGAUGCUUUCUAGGGAUGUGGGUCAUUGGGGUGGUUUGAAUUCUGCUGCAGAGUCUUCUGAUAAUAAUUCUGUCUACUUAGAAGCUCUUGAAUCUUUUCAAACUAACCGGAUUUCUAAAAUCGAUGGCAAGACUUUUGUCUGCAAUGGUAGUGAAACUGUGAAAGUGAAGAAAUUUAGUGAUAAGAAUUCUGAGGAUCUCAAAGGGAGAAGGUCAGAAUUCUGUGCUCCUGGCAAUUCCAGAAGUCGCUCUAGAAAGAACAAAGCUGAAGCUUCCACUGAUGGGUUUUUCAAGAAUGAUCAUUUCGGAUUUGAGGAUUCUGAAGUUGAAUUGGGGAAGAAUUUCUCCAAGGAAACUGCAUUAAGUCAAGCUCAAUUGGCUUCAAUCAAGUUUAACUCAAGCAAGAGAAAGUUCCUUGAUUCCUAUGAUCCUGAAUUGAGGUCAGAGUCCUUGAAAACUUUGACUACCAAUUCUAUGGAUUCUGAAAUCUGCAAGAAUUCCAAUAAGAGGAGUAAAUUUGAGUGUACUACUUGCAACAGAACCUUCCACUCAUACCAAGCUCUUGGUGGGCACAGAGCUAGCCAUAAAAAGAUCAAAGGUUGCUUUGCUUCAAAAAUUGAGAGCAGUGAAAAUAGCAUAGAAACUGUUCAACACUCUCCUCACCCUACAGCCGAUAGUAAGCUCAUCAAGUUCUGCAAAAAUGAGAACCCCAUUGACCAAGAAAUACCAGCUGGUUGUGCUGAAAAGAGACAGAAAACUACAGGGUCCAAGAAGAGUAAUAAGGGGCAUGAGUGCCCAAUUUGCUUCAAAGUUUUUCCAUCAGGCCAAGCCUUGGGAGGUCACAAAAGAUCCCACUUGGUUGGUGGCUCUGAGGCUAGAAACAAUGCCACCAUUGUAAUCCAGAAGGCAGCGGCUCCAGAAACUCGGGACUUCCUUGAUCUCAAUCUCCCUGCUCCUGUCGAAGAAGAGAGCAAUAAUGGUCGUGUCGGGUUCGCGCCGUGGUGGGUAGGAAGCACCCACAAGCACGAGGCCCUAGUCGGUUUGAUCUCUAACUGAAUUUUUCUUAGUCCUGGCUGUGUGACGCCGGACAAAUAAAAGAAAAGAAAGAUAAAUUUCACGUUGAACAGACUCUCACCGCCGAAACAAAGAGGAGUCGCACAAAGUGUACACACAAGUUUUUUCUGGACACUAUUCCAUUAAUUCUUUACAAGAUUCAAGCAUUGCCAAGCUCACUGCCUUCAACUAGGCCUUCUGCAGACUUCAUCUGAUAAGUUUUUGUCAAACACUUCUUUCCUAUAUGCCUAUAUGUUUUACCUUUUCUUUUAGGUUAUAGAAUAAGCUCAUCAAUGUGUUUCAGUUUCACCUUGAAACUUCAAAUACUGUAACAACUUGGUUUUUUUCUUUCUUCUAUAUAUUUCUUC